AUUGCUCGGUGGCCGGUCGGCGGUGGUGAACCGCUCAUAGUAGUUUGUAGCCAGGUCAGGACGUCCGCGGCGUGCGCUGAUGGGGGACCGCGACGAGGAAGCCGAUCCGGAGGGGCCGGGAUGCUGCGCCAUCCUGCUGACCCUGGUGUCGUACCUGCUCAUCCUGUGCACACUGCCGUUCUCGCUCUGCAUGUGUAUCAAGGUGGUCCAGGAGUACGAGCGAGCUGUGAUCUUCCGACUGGGUCGCCUGCUGCAGGGCGGUGCCAAGGGGCCGGGCAUCUUUUUCGUGGUGCCGUGCAUAGACACGUACCGCAAGGUGGACCUGCGCACCGUCUCGUUCGACGUGCCGCCGCAGGAGGUGCUGACGCGCGACUCUGUGACGGUCAGCGUUGACGCUGUAGUGUAUUACAAGGUCAGCGACCCGGUGAUGGCCGAGAAUAACAUCGAGGACUACAGCCGCUCCACCCGGCUGCUGGCCGCCACCACACUGCGUAACGUGCUGGGCACCAAGUCGCUGGCCGACCUGCUGGCCGAGCGAGAGACGAUCGCCCAGCAGAUGCAGUCCAGCCUAGACGAGGCCACCGACCCGUGGGGCGUCAAGGUGGAGCGCGUCGAGAUCAAGGACGUGCGUCUGCCGCUGCAGCUGCAGCGCGCCAUGGCCGCCGAGGCCGAGGCGGCCCGCGAGGCGCGCGCCAAAGUGAUCGCCGCCGAGGGCGAGCACAAGGCCUCGCGCGCCCUCAAACAGGCGGCCGACGUGAUGAACGAGAGCCCCAGCGCCCUACAGCUGCGCUACCUACAAACACUCAGCACCAUCUCGGCUGAGAAGAACUCGACCAUCAUUUUCCCGCUGCCCAUCGACGUACUAAGCCACUUCUUGGACAAGUAGCCGACGGACGGAGGGGGAAGAACCGAUGGAGGAGCGGCGACGGCCAGCCGAGCCGAGCUGAGCUGAGCUCUGACUGACAGCAGCCGCCAGCUGCGGGCCGGGGCAGCCCACACACCUCAGCACGCCUCAGAGAGGAGCCGGGACCGGCGAACCACAGCGGUGCGGUCGCCGCACCCACCGCAUGGACACACGUGCAGCGUAUGAGGUGAACUUGGAGCACGGCGGCCAACCGUGCACACAGCUGUCCCGCUUGUUGCUAUGAUCAUGAUUUUAUUUUCGACAUCGCGCUUGUUUUAGAUAAGUGUGUUGUAGGGUUAGACGAACGCUAAGACCGUUGUGUAUUUGAGCAAAAUGUUAAUCCUUUGAAGAGGACGGAAAAGACACCUUCUUUUCAGCCGGAAAGAUUAUGAAAUGGAUGUCAAUUGGCGAAUAUCUCACCAGCUUCGCGCGCGAUUUCUGUACGGAUAAGACGGGUUACCUACAUACACACACGUCGAAACAAACGGUUUCUUUGAUUUAAAUGAAAAUGAGCACCUUCAUAUACAUGUAUCACGAAUCACAUUCAUGUCCCGCGGGCAAAAGAGACAUCGCAUCUUAUUUUCACAUGCCCAUUUGAGGCCCGCUUAAUUGUCGCUGUGCUUCUAUGGUGCUUGGGUCGUGGGUCCAGUAAAAGUAUAACAGCGAUGGGAGAACAGAGGACCGUCUCCCCCUCACACACCGGGUGGGACACACCAGGUCACUCGAAUAGCACACAGGGGUCACUGGAUUCGUUCACAAGCUGCCUCCGGCGUCGGAGGAUAACACAGUGUGUUGUGCGCACAACACAGGAUCCCGGCCGCAGAUCUUUUAUCGACUGGGUUAUGUUAGAGCAUCUACCUCCAAACUUAAGUUGCCUUUGUUCCUAGCAUGAAUGCUGCAAGUGUACAUUCUAAGUAGCCAGUCCAUAAGCAACGUGCCACUGAUUUACCAGUUUCCACGUGACGCCCCAAAUCCGAAAUGUGCCGCUAUUAAAGCAUCGGUCCCAAUCGCAUUUGUUAAAGGCAUUUGUGAACUAACACAGUGGGGUACAAAAAAGUCCUUCUUAUUUGAACCACUAAUCAUUUUAGAUUCCUCGUCUUCUAUUACAGCACGCAUUUAUCUGUUAUUGUGUUCACUUUUUAUGUUUUAUUUUUCUGCGAUUUAUGCAAGCUUGUAACCGGUUAGUUCCAUUUUCGAGCGAUGUCACAGGGAGCAGUCACACUCAUCGCGGCUUUGUGUGAAUUCAGCUUCGGCCCUGAGUUUGGUGUAGCACGGGGGCGCCAGUGUUGUGCACGAGGUCGGAUCAGAGUCCGAACGCGGCUGCGUCGGCGCGCGGUCCUGCCGGCCGCUCGUGCUAUCGCCGUGUGUUGGGAGGCGGCGGUCGUAGCCGCAGCCGACCUGCUCAUCACUUUACGAUAUUAUCUCGUUGUUUUGGAGCUGUGCGCGCGUCGCGCUCCUAUCGGCGCGACCAUCUCCCGCGCCAUCAUACUAUCAUUGUCUGUCGCCAUCCUCUCUGUGCCGCGCGGCGGAGGCGGCCCUUGCAUGCGCACAUGUGUGUCGCGGUCUGAGCCGGUCCGCGCCGGCUGACCGGCAAUCAGGAGCGGUGCGCCGCGCCGCCGCCCACGGGUCUGUUCUCUGUGCAGCGCGCGCGCUCGUGUGUGCGCAGAUCUGUCCGCUGACGCGGGCCACUGUCGGCGCGGCAAAGGGACCGAGCCGCCGCGACCUAGCUGCUAGCCGUCGGUGUCAGUGUGCUCAGGUUCGUGGAUUUGUACCUUCGUACACGUGCCUGGCUUCGUUCAAGAGCAAGUUUCCGCCACCUCUGCUCCAUUUUGUGUACCUAUGGCAUGCAGGAAUACUACAAUAAAUUGAUGCACAAAA